AAAACAGAGCCGUCCACGCGCGCAGUGUAUUAAUCCUCCUGCGCUCAUAGAUUUCAUGUCGUGCGUCGACACAGUUUUGCAUCUCAGGUGUGUUGACACUCAAUUAUCCUCUGCGUUUGAAAUUCGUAUUUAGGCUGCCAAAGAAGCUCUCCGAAGACAUUCGUUUAUCACGUGACCGAGACGAGCAUCUUGAUACGACUUGAUGGUGAGCAGUGUCGUCCUUCAAUCAGAGGAUCGGCGGUUCGAUCCCCGGCUCCGCUCGCCCACGUCGAUGUGUCCUUGGACAACCCCACAUUGCUCCCGACUCCAUGUUCAGAAGAUGAAGGGUCUUUUGAAAUGUGUGCUCGGCAUUCCUAUCAUGCUCUGUGUUCUCUACCUAAUGUCGCCGUCUUUGAGAGUUUUAAUAGGCCUACUACCUAUGGAAAAAUGCUCUUUGGAAAGUGCAAAGAUGCUGGUUCUGGACAACAGUGUGGACACCAGCCUCGACCUUUGGUCCAGACCCGACGUGCUAACGUGUACAUCUUGGAAAGCUCCCAUCAUCUGGGAAGGAAUGUUUGACCCUGACCUUUACGACCGGAUGCACAAGAAGGAAGGAUCAUCUGUGGCUCUAACGGUGUUUGCUGUGGGCAGGUACCUGGAUGUUUACCUCAGGACCUUCCUGAACUCAUCAGAGCAUCACUUUAUGUUGGGUUUGCCCGUGACGUAUUAUGUGUUUACGGAUGUGCCGGAGAAGGUGCCAGACAUCAAGUUCGCUCCUCGGCGAAGCAUAAAGGUGAUCAAAGUGGAGAGGAACUCCAGGUGGCAGGACAUCUCUAUGAUGCGAAUGAAAACCAUAUCGGAUGUCAUCGAGUCGGAUCUUCGUCACCACUGCACACAUGUAUUUUGCUUCGAUGUGGAUCAGGUGUUUACUGGAAGAUUUGGUUCAGAGGCUCUGGCAGAUUCUGUGGCUCUGCUCCACGCCCACUACUACCGCUUUCCACAAAAGUGGUUUACCUACGACCGCAACCCAAAGUCCAAGGCGUACAUGCAAACUGGGGAUUUCUACUACCACGCUGCCAUCUUUGGAGGCUCAUGGAAGAGUGUAAAAGCGUUGACUGAUGCCUGCUAUCAGAGCAUCAUGGAGGAUAAACAGAAUAAUGUGGAGGCUCUGUGGCACGAUGAGAGCCAUCUCAACAAGUACUUGUGGCUUCACAAACCGAGCAAGGUGCUCUCUCCGGAGUACUGCUGGGACACCGAAAUCGGCAACAGGAGAGACAUACAAGUCACCCGAGUACUGUGGGCACCAAAGUAUUAUGAUGCACUUCGCACACGUUAGUGUGUUUUACAAGUAAAGUGCAAAAUUGGCUCCUAUAUUUAGUAAAUGGUAUGAAAACUAUAGAGCUAUUGUUGUACUCUCAGGGAAUUCAGUUGAAUAUUUGCCUGUGUGGAUUUCCUAAUGGAGUGAUUUCUUUCGCUGCUGCCUAUGUAAAUCUAUGCAAAUGCUGCCACGGCUUCAUUGUCAAUGUGUAGUGGUUACAUAUUAAUGUUACACUGUGUGCUAGUUGAUCAGAGUUAUAUUUAUGUGUGUGCAAGUUGAUCAAUUACCCCUGUUUCCCCAAAUCACCCUUUUGUUUAUGUAUAACACUUCUUGUACCUGGAGUUACAGUGGCAUAAAUAACGACGGUUUCUUCAAAUUGUCACACAGGACGUGGACGGCUUCAUUUUGUCUCAUCAGUUUUUGAGAAAGAUGAAGGAAAAGAGAAACAUCUUUUGUAUAUUGAGAUGGAAACGCUGUCCCUAAUUUAUUUUUCAUUUUGAACUCUGUAAAGCUUGAGUAGAAGCCAAGGAUUUGAAUUGAUGUGCACAGACAAAUGUUAGGAGCUAUUGAAAGGGAAGGGGAUGCUACCUGGAAGAAUAGUUGUGUACGUUUUAAAGCACAUUGAGCGCAACAUUAGGAUCUAUGUGGAACUUUGUGCUCUUGUAAACUGUGUUGUGCUCGUGUUCUAGCAGGGAGGAAAUGUAACUAAGUACGUUUUGGCUACUCAUGUACUGUACUUAAGUACCACUUUGAGUUACUUGUACUUUACUGGAGUAUUUGCUUUUUUAUUUAACUUUAUAUAUUCUACACCACUACAUUUUGAGGGAAAUAUUGUACUUUUUGUGUUAAGUAGUAUAUAGCCUAUUUAUUAAGUACAUGAAGUAGUUAAAAAGCUGCUCUACCUUUUAGAAUCUGCAACAUUUAAAUGAUAAAGACAUUUAAUGCAUCAGUAAUUGUAAUCCAAUGAUAUCAGUCUACCUUGAAUAUAUUUUUGCAAAGUUACAUAACUUUUUAAGCAGAUGUAUCAGAUUGGUGGCAUUCUUCCAAGUGGAAUUUGUGGCAGGUCGGUACUACUUAUAAGAUGUGGUAAUAAAAUUAACAUCUUUAAGGAGAAAUAUAAUAUCCCAAAGCACCUUGUCCCAGAGAUGUUUAUGCAUGAAAGUUUGAUAUGGAGUUAUAGUGUGAAGCUAUUACUUACAAGUACCGGUAGCUGUAACAUCCAACUGAUUUAUCUGUGAGCACUAAUUUAGAACGUAUCCCUUUGGUUAGAAAUCCAUUGAGAUGGAGCAACCGUCUAUUCAGAUGUCGCAACGUGUUUAACAUACCAAAAGGCCAACGGGUCAAAUGACUGCUUGUAGUUUAAAUGCCAACAAAUACAUCGGGCAACUGCAAUCAGAAUAAAAAGGACAUUUUGAGGACUUCAUACAAACAUAAUACAAGUACAUUUAUUUUAAUGCGGCAGGGCUCUAGCUCCUGGGGUAAGUUUAGAACAAACAGCUGCUACGGUAUGUACUGUGGUUUCUCCCCCUCGGCUGGCCCCAGAGUGCUACGCAAAACAGCUCGUUGUCAUUUGUUCAAAGGAAAAACACGAAGAGAACAUGUGUGAAGAUCAAGGUUUUGAAGUCUAGAUUUUGAACAGUUACAGGAUGUGAACUCUUUUCUUUUUCUUUUUUUACACGAGAGCUGUUGUCACUCAGAUCUGGUGAGGUCAGUCAUUUUGUUAACUAAAAAAUUAAACCAAAUGGGAAGAGAAAGACAGAGAA